UGAAUAUAUUGACCCAGGGAUCAGACGCAUGUAAUUAAUUCUUUUAGUGAAUUGUUCGAGGCAUACCUCUGGGACCUUCCGAAGAUUGAGCUUGACGUAUGGUGUGGUUCCCGGCCCUCUACUCCUAUUGUCUACCUAUACGUAGAUCCGUCUAGCCAGAAACAAAUGCUCGACGCUAAACAUCACGUCGGUACUAGCCGGGUUUACAGCUUGGAGAAUAUAAUGAUCUGUUUUAUUCCUUUUCUUCUUAUACUCCUUUGGUUGUCCCUUUCCUUUUUUUCCAUAUCUUUCUUCUGCGUUUUCGUUACUUUAUUCUUCCUCUUCACAUAUUGUUUUUCUUCGUUUUCCUUGUCUUCUUCUUGUUCCCUUUCAUUCCCUUCCCCUUUCCUCCUCUCUUUACUUUGCUUUACUGUACUCGUUAUAAGUAUCUGGGCGAUAGACUCACUGUAUGGGCUCUUUCCACCUUGGGUCGAUAAGUAUUAUGGAGUCCCGGAGGAGAGAGCGGAUUGGAGCCGCAAGCGGGCCGGACCCGUCGAGUUCCGCGUCACGCCAUGCUGACACAUCAUUAACGCGUCCCAUAUCCGGAGCACAUGGCCGCUUGUUGGCGUCCAUACACG